GCCUUGGGGGCGUGGUUAUUUUAAACGAAGUGUGGCCGCCUCUUCAGUCUGCCGUAGUUGCUGGCAGAGUGCGCGUCUGGAGGAAGUGCUGUCCGCCGCCGCCUCACGUCUCUGUACAGGACGACUGCAGCCAGCGGAGCGCCGGUACCGAGAGGAAGCUGGUCGGGACUGUAUCCAGGAUGAUCCCGGAGGAAAACUAUGGGAUGAGGGAGACCUGCUGCAGGACACCGAGGACAGUACGGCGACACGAGGAGAAGAAAGGUCACGAGAGGCCAGGACUUCUGGGGGACCCUUGUACCCCCAUCCAGAGCCGGCCCUUCACCAGCCGCUACACCAUCUCGCCAGGGCAUGAGCUGGGCAGGGGAAAAUUUGCUGUGGUUCGAAAAUGCAUUGAAAAGGAAACGGAGAAAGAGUUUGCUGCAAAGAUUAUGAGAAAACGAAGAAAGGGACAGGACUGCCGUAUGGAAAUCCUGCAUGAGAUCGCGGUCUUAGAGCUGGCAAAAGACAACCCUUGGGUCAUCAAGCUGCAUGAGGUGUAUGAAACGGCAACGGAAAUGAUCCUCGUCCUAGAAUAUGCUGCCGGCGGUGAAAUCUUCAACCAGUGUGUGGCAGAAAGGGAAGACGCCUUCAAAGAGAAGGAUGUCCAGAGGCUCAUGAGGCAGAUCUUAAAAGGAGUUUCCUUCCUACACAGACACAAUGUGGUCCAUCUUGACCUGAAGCCACAAAACAUCUUGCUGACCAGUGACUGUCCACUGGGCGACAUAAAGAUAGUGGACUUUGGCCUCUCCAGAAUAGUCAAUAACAAUGAAGAACUGAGAGAGAUCAUGGGGACCCCAGAAUAUGUGGCACCUGAAAUCCUGAGUUAUGAGCCGAUCAGCACAGCGACAGAUAUGUGGAGCAUCGGUGUGUUGGCAUAUGUAAUGCUCACAGGUACAUCUCCUUUCCUGGGUGAUGACAAGCAGCACACUUUCCUGAACAUUUCCCAGCUGAACAUCAGUUUCACAGAAGACUUUGAUGGAGUCUCAGAUCCUGCCGUUGACUUCAUGAAAAAACUUCUCGUGAGGGAGCCUGCAGGUCGCGCGACCGCAGAGGACUGUCUUCAGCACCCUUGGUUAGCCGAAGGUGACCUCCCAGAUCCUUACUCCAGUGCUAUGAGCACAGUUCAAGAAAGCAAGCAAAUCCUGUCAGAAGAAGAGGAUGACGAGCUGAAAACAGAAAAUUCUCUGGAUGCAAGUCCAAGCCAGCCAGACACAGAUGGACAGACUGUGACAGAGGAGCUGAUAUUAAUGGCUUCUUACACUUUGGGACAGUGCCGACAGACAGAGAUGGAGAAACAAACUGAAUCUAAAGCCAUUACAAAGCGAUUUAAGUUUGAAGAGCCAAUGCUGCAAGAGAUCCCAGGAGAUUUUAUCUGCUGAGCUUGGGCACUUGGAAAUGUGUGACUUUUAGAGCUUGGACUUUUUCUGAUACGUGCAGCUGGUCAUCAUGGCAAUAAGAAUUCAAUUCAAGCGUGCCAUGUUAAAUCUCCGAGUAAGCAGGCUCUGUCUGCGUGGUUGAAGACAUAUAUUUUUUUAUUUUAUUUAUUUUUAGUUUUUCUGGGCUUGUGCCUAAUUCACCACCAUAAUAUCACACUCUUUUGUGGAUUUCUUAAAUUGGCAGCAGGAUGUAUAUCUAAAUAGCGUCCAUUUUGGGAGAAUGUUACCGGAGUAAGACCAAUGUUGGUCGGUAUUAGAAACAGAUGAUUUGGGGUAGCUUUGCUGAAAUCUAUCUAAUAAAUGAAAAGUAAAAAAAUAUGUAUUUUGUACAGCCAAGAUCCCGUACUAUGGUGGAGGCAGCUAGGUUAUUGGCUUAAUGGUGGUGAGAACACGUGGAAGUCAUGCCCAGUGAUUCUUUGUAAGCACCUGUUCACCAUGAGCAUACCUAAGCCCCCUGUUACCUGCCAUGAAUGGGAUUGGGUCCCUGCUUGAGAUAUGUUAGCCUUGUGGUCUAUGCUGGGAAUAUGAAACUCAAAUGUUCUCAUUUUGAAGGAGUUUCAGGCUGCAGAGGCUUCAAUAUGGCUACCCCCACUGUAUACAGAUAUCAGCAUCCUCUAAGCCGUUCCUGUUUAAACAUAGUGCCACUUCCAUUUUCCAAAAAAUAAAUCCACAGGAGCAUUGUAAAUAGAGAAAAAAAAAAAAUAUAUGGAGAGCAAAAAAAUAUAAUGUAAGAAAAUACAAUAAUAAAAGAUGUGCUGAUAAUGGAGUCAAACCGCAGCGGCAAGAUAGCAGCUCAGUGUUUGUGACCAUGAUACCAUUUCUGAGUAACCUUGCACAUUCAAUGCCAUUGGAGAAGGUGCCAAAAUGUUGUUGUAUAACCACUUAACCCCCGAAGCAACACAGCACUUCUGUAUAGCUUAAUGCUCUGAAUCAAGUCGCUAUAAACAUCGGACUAAGUAAAUGCUAGUUUGUGGUGCAGUAAUGGGUAUUUUCUAUUACUUGCAGAUAUGUGACAUAAGAAUAGUGUCUGCUGAGGGCAGUGAUGCACAAAAAGGGCUCAUUCACACGACCGUAUGAAUGGGUACACAUCUGUUCUGCAAUUUUGUGGAAUGCGUGCGGACCCGUUCAUUUCAAUGGGACCACAAAAGAUGCGGACAGCACACCGUGUCUGCAUCCAUUGUUCCAUUCCACGCCCCUACAAAACUAUACAGCAUGUCCUUUUCGUGUCCGCAAUUGUCAUUUUCUAUAGAGCGCUGGCCCUGUGCAUUCUGCGGACCUCAAUAAAGUGCAUGGUCGUGUGAUGAACCCUAAGGCUGGGUUUACUCUCCAGUCUGCAGUACCUGUCAGCAGUUCCAUUUCAUGGUGCAUGCCGUGCUAUUUUUGCCGUCAAAGCAGUGGGGCAGCAGUGGACCCCAUUGUAGUGCUGCAGACACCAUGAUGCAAGUAGGAAUGGAACAAGUGCCCGGUGUCUGGAUAUUUUCACUUGCUCCAUUGUUUGCUGAUAAGAUUACAUGUAAUAAGUGCAGCUUUGAGCAGCUGGGUAAAUGAGGACAAAGGUUUGCACUAUAUUGGCAUAGUUUUAGAUCAUGAUACGUUUGGGUAUGUCCCACUUUUGGUGAACAGUAAAGCUUGCAGUCUAUUAGAUAUACUGGUUGAUGAUGCUUUGUCUAUAUGUAUAAUGACCAUUACACUAGGACUCAUUCCUCUAAGUGCCUCCUAACCUGUGCUAUGUCUUUCUAUGCAGACUUCUACACGCCCCAUUAUAACUGCUCAUAAGAUUCACUACCAUGAAGGUUUUAUACAUUAAAAGCAUUAGGAGGUUCAUCUCAGCUGUCUCAGUUACUCACUGCAUUGUCAUCUGGCAUGGUGAAUACCUGAGAUUAUGUAACCAUCCUGAAUGUGUGAGACAGACAUGUGUCCAUGUACCUUCCACUGUUCUAUGUUCCUGGCAUUCAGAGUCCAGCAGACUAAUUACGUAAAUUAAGUCUUGAAAGUUCCUGUACAGUCAGGUGUCACUGUAUGUAUAGGCCCCUGUCAGUCUGGGGUGUGAGAUGAGUUGGGCAUUGGGUUUUACACCACUGUCAGUUGUAUUUGUACCAUUUUUAUAUGCAUAUUGAUAUUUUCAUAUUGAGAGUUAGAAGGUUAUGAUCUUCAGUCUUGGCUAGGUAGAAGUACGCAUUUUUGGGGAACUUUUUGAUUCUAUUUACUAGCUGUUACCUAGUCAUUAUAUAACAAAACUGCUUUGACUGUCCUCUACCUGCGCCACUGUCCUUCAUGAUGAGUAAUGUUUAUUUCCCAUGCCAAGUCACAGAUGCCAGUAGUAAUUUGAAGAGCGAUCACGAGGUUGGUAUUUCUAAAUUGUGACUUCAGCCAUCUUGUCAGCUGAAUGGAUGACCAAGUGAUGGUAAAAUCUUGUGGUUCUUGGAUAUCGGCUGAUCCGUAUUACCACACAGCAAUUCAAGAUAUGGAGUCAGAAUUAAAAUAACAACUUGGGAAACUUUUUGUAUGUUCUGACUAUAUGUGAACCUUCUCUCCAACCAUAUACUACCACAAUUACUUAUGUGCUGGAGCUUAUAAUAAAUGGAGUGUAUGUGACUUGAUCAAUUCCCUGCUUAUGUUUAGGUUCAAUAUACAUGAUGCAGUCAUGAGAAUUUACAAUCCUAGUCACAACCAACACUGGCUACUCUGUAUUCUUGGUCUCCUCCAAGCAGCUUGUGAAAACUGGGAUGUUGUAUUGAGGGACGUGACGGCAGCCUACAUAAACACCAACAUUUUCAAGCCUCCUUUUUAUCUUGAUGGAAAUGUAAACCAAUAACACAGGACCAAGUCAUGGUUUCCCCUGCUUUCUCUAGGGGAGGGCUAGCCAUGUCUGACCUACUCCUUACAGUACCAGAAGCUGAGUAGUGUUCAUGCUUGAUGCAAGGUAUCACAAGGCCAAGGUUACAUCCAUCUGGCUGCUCGAAGAUCUGUAGAGUCCAUUUUUUUUAUGUGUCUGUCGUGCCUUUUUGUACAAUAAUUUUAAAGGUACCUGUCGCCUCUACGGUCUGGCCCUUGCUGAGGGCAGCAUAGUGUAGUGACAGACUUGCUCAUUUCAGCGGGCUGUUACUUUUGGGCUAAAAUUCAUUACUUUUAGUACUGACCAAGCACACACCAGAGCUGCAAGGGAAGAUGAGUCCGAUGAGACUCAUGGCCCGUCCUCCUACCCAUGACUGUCAGAUCUUUCCUACGCUUAACUUGAAAGAGACCACCAGUCAUGAACAGGAGGUUGGGAGGACAGGGCCAUGAGUCUCUUUUAGACUCCUCAUCCCUUUUAAAUGCUGGCGCACACUGUCAGUACUGUAAAAGAGCUGUAUUCUGGCCUGAAAGUGAAAACCCGCUGAAAUCAUCAGGUCUGUCCAUACUAUGCUGCCCUCGGCGAGCGCACCUUAGUAGAGGUGAUGGGUUCCCGUUAAAUAAAUCAGAGCUGUUUUUGUAUAGUUCUAUUAAAGUUUGUAAGUUAUAAGCAGCCUGUUAAUAAAAUCCUGUGUUAUCUUUAUUACUGGAAAAUAAGAUGUGUUUCUACUGAUGGAUUUUUGAGGCUGGAAAAGCCAAUCCAUGCAUUGAAGCUGUUUAUAAUAAAGAGAUCUUCCACACUGUGGAUGUUCAGUAA